AGCUUGAGGUGCAAUUCGAACGGAAGGUCAACAGCAUGGCGGCAGUAUUGUACAGCGCAGUUCUUGAAAUGCGGCUUUUCCUUUGCCUUUAGUACAAUCCUUCUGCAAAAAUUAUAUUUUAAAAAGUACAGCCAAGCUGUUAAAUCAACAAUGAAUUAGUUUUAGCUUUCCAACCGACUGAAAGUGUUCUUAGUUUUGUCCAUCUUGCUUGCAAGGUAUCUAAUUGAUCGAUACCGGCUACAGUUAGCCCACUGUUGCAAGUGCUAUUCUAGUUUAAUUUAUAUCGGUUGUGCUAAUAUUAACCUGCUGACCUGCCUAAAUAAACUGUUCGGGAUGCUGCGGAACCUGAUAAGAUUGUAUAGUCGGCCCAGCUACGCUGUUUGGGACCGCUGCCCGUCUGUUUUUCAGGGAGGCCAAGCACAUCUUUUUACUCUUCUGGGAAACUCGAAGGCAUAUUCCAGUGCAACAUCUGAAAGAAAGAAAUUUUACCAGGAUGUCAGUAUUUCUCAAGGAGACGAUGGCCUGUUUGAGAUCAAUCUGGAUCGCAAGAAACUGAAGACUCCAGGAGGCAAGCUGUUCACAGUACCCAAUGAAGCCUUAGCCAUCGCAGUGGCAACAGAAUGGGAUGCUCAGAAAGACACACUCAAGUUCUACUCCAUGCAUCUGACCACUUUGUGCAACACAGUCUUGGAUAACCCCACCUUCCGGGACAAAGACCAAAUAAUCACGGCUGCUCUGAAGUUUUUGGAGACAGACACUGUUUGCUACAGAGUAGAGGAACCCUCAGCACUGGUGGAACUCCAGAAGAAUGAGUGGGAUCCUGUGCUGGACUGGAUUGAAAAGAGGUACAAUGUUGUUAUCGGCUCAUCCUGCAACAUAAUGGGGCCACAAAUCCCAGAGGAGACUAAGGACACUUUCCGCCAGCAUCUGGGUUCCUAUAACUUUUGGGCCCUUACAGGGCUGGAGUAUGUGAUCACCCAGCUGAAGUCGGUAGUGUUAUCUUUUGGGCUGGUCAAUAGACACCUGACGGUGGAGCAGGCUGUGCUGCUGUCCCGUCUGGAGGAGGAAUACCAGAUCCGGCACUGGGGUAAUGUGGAGUGGGCCCAUGACUAUGACAUGUAUGAACUGCGUGCGCGCACGGCUGCAGGGUCACUGUUUGUGCACCUCUCCUCUGAAAGCUCCACUGUCAAGCGCAAGCUGCUGCAGGACUGAAGGGAUUCUUUUCCACAGUGCAAGAUUGUCGGUUGCACAUACAGGACUUUGAUAUUUGCCAAACGUACUAUCAAAUAAAGUACGUUUUCCUUGAAGUGUGAACAUGACCUGCAGGGUUUUGUAAUGUAUACAUCUUGCCUUGCCUGAGGGAAACCCAAAAUGGGGACUGUUUUCCAUGCCUCGUGUUUCAUAUAGGGCCUGUAGAUGGAGCCAUUGUUUCAGGUGUAGAAAACUGGAUUAUUAAAUUAGUGGUAGCCAAAUUUUCAACAAAAAAAUAAAUCAAUCAAGAUUUCUCAUGCUAAAAUGUGGCAGUAAGUCAAUAAACAUGGUUGGCUGCAAAAUUUUGUUUCACUAAAAAUUCUAAAAAUGUAUCUAAAAAUAAACCUAUUUAUCAUCAAUGGAUUAGCAAAUGCUCUGGUGUUUCAUUUAUUUUUUGUGUGGAAUAUUUCCUCUGUAUUUGAACAAAUUAUUUAGAUUAGCCCAGAGUUGUCAGCUGCAGUGUCUUCUGACCUGGCUUUCCUUAAUGCACAGACUGUUCAAUUUGAUCUGUACUUAUGGGUUGGUUGUCUGAUUAUGCUGUUCUGGAGAAAAAUAUGAAGUAACUUAUAAAUAUGUACAUUUGCUGACAUGCAUAUAUUCUAUUUUUUAUUUUUUAAAUGGAAACUUCAUUUUAUGCAAAACUUAGCAUUGCUGUCCUUGUGUCUUGAUCUUACAGCAGCUUGAUAAUUGUCCUUCACAUCGUCAUUGUGGAUGUAAAUGUUUCUCAUUGUGGAGGGAUUCCUACUCACCUAUAAAGUGAAAGUGUUAAAUGACAAGCGUAACUUGAAAUGCACCUACUUGUGCCCAGUCCAUAUGAGCUUGUAACACACAUGGAAAAAAAUAAACAUUGUAUAGAGUGCA